UAUACAGCUCUAUAAGAGAGGCUCCUGUGCCCUCUGACCGACAGACAUCAUGAUGUUCUAUCGAAGACUGUGCCUUCUUCCCUCUACCUCUGGGAUGCUCAACUACCACUCGGUGUUAAGUGAGAGCUCUUCAGUGAUCCAUAACCAAAGUGGAACAAGUCCCCUGCCCUUUGACCAACUGCCGGGUGACUGGAGGAAUGGAUGGACUGGCUUAUACCACUUCUUUAGAAAGGACGGCUUUCACAACAUUCACCAUCAUAUGGAAGAGAAUUUCAAGCGAUUUGGACCAAUCUACAGGGAGAAACUGGGAACAUAUGAUAGUGUUUAUAUUCAGUGGCCAGAAGAUGCUGCUACGUUAUUCCAGGUGGAGGGGAUGCAUCCAGAGCGACUGAGGAUCCAGCCAUGGUUUGAAUAUCGUGAUUAUCGCAACAAGAAAUAUGGAGUUCUGCUCAAGAGUGGAGAGGAUUGGCGCUGUCAGCGGCUCACACUGAAUCGAGAAGUCUUGUCAGUGGCGGGAAUGAAUCGUUUCUUGCCUCUUCUGGACAGUGUUGGGAAAGACUUUGUUAGCAGGGCUUACACUCAAGUGGAGAGGAGUGGUCGGGGAAAAUGGACAGCUGAUUUGAGUGAUGAGCUCUUUAGAUUUGCACUGGAAUCUGUUUGUAAUGUCCUGUAUGGGCAGAGGCUUGGUCUCCUGCAAGAUUAUAUAAACCCCGAAUCUCAGGAGUUCAUAGACUCAAUAAAUCUAAUGUUUCACACGACCAGCCCCAUGCUAUACAUCCCUCCCCGUGUAUUCAGACUCCUAAAUCAUUCAACAUGGAGGAACCAUGUUAAGUCCUGGGAUGCCAUCUUCAACCAUGCUGAUCUCUGUAUACAGGGGAUAUACAGUUCACUAAGGCAGCGGUCAGAUAAUACUUAUUCUGGAGUUCUUUCUAGUCUGCUUCUUCAGCAUCAGCUACCCUUAGAGGACAUUAAAGCCAGCAUUACAGAGCUGAUGGCUGGAGGUGUGGAUACGACCUCAAUGACUCUCCAAUGGGCUAUGUAUGAGCUGGCCCGUGCCCCUAGUGUGCAGGAGAAGCUCAGGUCAGAAAUUAAAGCUGCCAGAAAGGCUGCUGGAAAUGACCUUAAUGCAUUGUUGAAAAUAAUUCCAUUGCUCAAAGCAGCUUUGAAAGAAACGCUCAGGUUGCAUCCUGUGGCCAUCUCAUUGCAGCGAUACACGCAACGUGAUACAGUUAUCAGAAACUACAUGAUUCCUCGUGGGACCCUGGUACAAGUUGGACUGUAUGCCAUGGGUCGAAAUCCAGAUAUAUUUCCUUCCCCGGAGAAGUUCUUCCCAGAGCGCUGGUUGGGGGGAGAAUCAACACACUUUCGGAAUCUUGGCUUUGGAUUUGGACCUCGACAAUGUCUUGGGCGAAGAAUAGCAGAAAUGGAGAUGCACCUUUUUUUGAUUCAUAUUCUUGAGCACUUUAGGAUUGAAACAAACCGUAUGACUGAGGUGGGAACAACCUUUAAACUCAUUCUUUUCCCAUCCAAACCAAUACACUUAACUCUACGGCCUCUGGAUCACUGAAAUACUGCAACAUGCAUCAAGACUGGAUAGCCAUAACCACUAAUGAUGGAACAGAUACAUACAGUAUAUUCCACUACAGGAGAUGUAUGUGGUCAAUGAAAUAUGACCCAUAUGAUGCAAAAAUGUAUAUAAUCCUAGACUAUCAAAACCAGUAUGCACAUAUUUUUUUUUUUUAACAACA